ACAUUUUAGUAAAGUUAACAAUUUUUAUGCUCGUCUAUAAUCAAGUAAGGGAGAGUAUAAGCAUUAAGCAUCAUUAUUAGAUAUAAUUAAGUUGUGGGUUCUAAUCAACUAAUUGUUGGCUGCAGGCUUCAUGAACCGCGAGCAAUUUUGCAUGAUUUUGAGGAUCAAAAUUGAUUGCAAUGGUUGCUACACUAAAGUUAAACUAGCACUUGUUCAUCUUCCUGUAGAAUAUUAUAUGAUAGAGAUGAAAAGGAAUAGGGUGAUUGUGUUUGGAAGAUUUAUCCCUCAAGAUGUAGCAAUCAAAAUCAGAAAGAAAACAAAUCGAAGGGUGGAAAUUUUGGAUAUUCAACAGCUUGACCCCACUACUCCUAUAUAUUAUCAAGAUCAAGCCUCUCUAAUGCCACCUAAUAACAAUGUUAUACAUACAACAUAGGAGUACUUAUGUUCUAUUUGAAACUUUAAGCUUGCAAAUAUUAUCAGUUUUUUCGAGUUUGCUGCUGAAAGUGAUAUUUUCUUUCACAAUAUGUCACUUGCUUUUAGUAGCAAAUUCAAAGCCACAAAAGAAGUAUUAGUUUUUUUGAGUUUGUUGUUGAAAGCUACAUUUUCCUUCACAAUAUGUCGCUCACUUUCAGUAGCAAACUCAAAGCGAUAAAACGAGUAUUAGUGUGAUUAUUCUACCUUAUAUCAUGUAUUAAUUGUAUAAAAUAGUUCAAUCCUUAGAGUUUGCUGCCAAAAACAAUAUUUUUCUUCAUAAUAUGUCACACUGCCACUUGUUUUAGUAGCAAACUCAAAACGAUAAAAGAAGUAUUAGUGUGAUUACUCAAUCUUAUAUGAUGUGUAAUAAUUGUAUUUAGUUCAAAAAUUGAUUGUUAACAACAUGUACUUUUUACAAGUUUCAUCUUCCUAUGAACUUGUAUUUUGGGAUAUACACUCAAUUUGUUCAAGAAUUAUUUACAAAAGUUUUAAUAAAUAAUUGUGUUUAGCACGGAAAUCAUAUAUAAUUU